AUGUCUGUCAUCAAGGUGCCCACCAAUCCAGUGACCACCCUGGUCUAUGUCAGCACCACAGAGUGCAAGAUUCCAACCACCAUCAGUAUCUCCAUGACUCACCCCACUACCAUCUGCGUGACCACAACAGAAGUGACCCUAACCAGCUCCUACACAACCACUUACUACACUCACAACCUCUAUGAAUACCACAACUUCCACACCAGACACCAUACCCACACCUUCCUUGACCACAAUUUCCACACUGACCACCACACCAGCCACCACUUCCACAACCUCUGUGACCACCACCACUUCCAUACCAACCACGACCACACCAGCCACCGCUCCCACCACAUCAGUGUCCACCACCAAUUCAACACCAUCCACCACCAUACCAGCCACCACUCCCACUACAUCGGUGACCACUACCACUUCCACGCCGACCACCACCACCCCUGCUACCACUCCCACAACUUCCUUGACCACCUCCACUUCAGUGCCAACAACCACCACACCAGCCACCACUUCCACAAUCUCUGUAACCACCACCACUUCCACACCAACCACGACCACACCAGCCACCACUCCCACCACAUCAGUGUCCACCAUCAAUUCCACAACAUCCACCACCAUACCAGCCACCACUCCCACUACAUCGGUGACCACUACCACUACCACGCGGACCACCACCAGCCCUGCUACCACUCCCACCACUUCCGUGACCACCUCCACUUCAGUGCCAACAACCACCAAACCAGCCACCACUUCCACAAUCUCUGUGACCACCACCACUUCCAAAACAACCACGACCACACCAGCCACCACUCCCACCACAUCAGUGUCCACCACCAAUUCCACACCAUCCACCACCAUACCAGGCACCACUCCCACUACAUCGGUGACCACUACCACUUCCACGCCGACCACCACCACCCCUGCUACCACUCCCACCACUUCCUUGACCACCUCCACUUCAGUGCCAACAACCACCACACCAGCCACCACUUCCACAAUCUCUGUGACCACCACCACUUCCAAAACAACCACGACCACACCAGCCACCACUCCCACCACAUCAGUGUCCACCACCAAUUCCACACCAUCCACCACCAUACCAGCCACCACUCCCACUACAUCGGUGACCACUACCACUUCCACGCCGACCACCACCACCCCUGCUACCACUCCCACCACUUCCUUGACCACCUCCACUUCAGUGCCAACCACCACACCAGCCACCACUUCCACAAUCUCUGUGACCACCACCACUUCCACACCAACCACGACAACACCAGCCACCACUCCCACCACAUCAGUGUCCACUACAAAUUCCACACCAACCACGACCACACCAGCCACCACUCCCACUACAUCAGUGUCCAACAACAAUUCCACACCAUCAACCACCAUACCAGCCACCACUCCCACUACAUCGGUGACCACUACCACUUCCACGCCGACCACCACCCAUGCUACCACUCCCACCACUUCCUUGACCACCUCCACUUCAGUGCCAACAACCACCACACCAGCCACCACUUCCACAAUCUCUGUGACCACCACCACUUCCACAACAACCACGACCACACCAGCCACCACUCCCACCACAUCAGUGUCCACCACCAAUUCCACACCAUCCACCACCAUACCAGCCACCACUCCCACUACAUCGGUGACAACUACAACUUCCACGCCGACCACCACCACCACUGCUACCACUCCCACCACUUCCUUGACCACCUCCACAUCAGUGCCAACAACCACCACACCAGCCACCACUUCCACAAUCUCUGUGACCACCACCACUUCCACACCAACCACGACCACACGAGCCACCACUCCCACCACAUCAGUGUCCACCACCAAUUCCACACCAUCCACCACCAUACCAGCCACCACUCCCACUACAUCGGUGACCACUACCACUUCCACGCCGACCACUACCACCCCUGCUACCACUCCCACCACUUCCUUGACCACCUCCACUUCAGUGCCAACAACCACCACACCAGCCACCACUUCCACAAUCUCUGUGACCAUCACCACUUCCACACCAACCACAACCACACCAGCCACCACUCCCACCACAUCAGUGUCCAACACCAAUUCCACACCAUCCACCACCAUACCAGCCACCACUCCCAAUACAUCGGUGACCACUACCACUUCCACGCUGACCACCACCACCCCUGCUACCACUCCCACCACUUCCUUGACCACCUCCACUUCAGUGCCAACCACCACACCAGCCACCACUCCCAACACAUCAGUGUCCACCACCAAUUCCACACCAUCCACCACCAUACCAGCCACCACUCCCACUACAUCGGUGACCACUACCACUUCCACGCCGACCACCACCAGCCCUGCUACCACUCCCACCACUUCCUUGACCACCUCCACUUCAGUGCCAACAACCACCACACCAGCCACCACUUCCACAAUCUCUGUGACCACCACCACUUCCAAAACAACCACGACCACACCAGCCACCACUCCCACCACAUCAGUGUCCACCACCAAUUCCACACCAUCCACCACCAUACCAGCCACCACUCCCACUACAUCGGUGACCACUACCACUUCCACGCCGACCACCACCACCCCUGCUACCACUCCCACCACUUCCUUGACCACCUCCACUUCAGUGCCAACCACCACACCAGCCACCACUUCCACAAUCUCUUGUCCACCACCAAUUCCACACCAACCACGAUCACACCAGCCACCACUCCCACUACAUCAGUGUCCAACACCAAUUCCACACCAUCCACCACCAUACCAGCCACCACUCCCACUACAUCGGUGACCACUACCACUUCCACUGCCAACAACCACCACACCAGCCACCGCUUCCACAAUCUCUGUGACCACCACCACUUCCACAACAACCACGACCACACCAGCCACCACUCCCACCACCAAUUCCAUACCAUCCACCACCAUACCAGCCACCACUCCCACUACAUCGGUGACCACUACCACUUCCACGCCGACCACCACCACCCUUGCUACCACUCCCUCCACUUCCAUGACCACCUUCACUUCAGUGCCAACCACCACACCAGCCACCACUCCCACUACAUCAGUAUCCACCACCAAUUCAACACCAUCCACCACCAUACCAGCCACUACUCCCACUACAUCGUGCCAACAACCACCACACCAGCCACCACUUCCACAAUCUCUGUGACCACCACCACUUCCACAACAACCACGACUACAUCAGCCACCACUCCCACCACAUCAGUGUCCACCACCAAUUCCACACAAUCCACCACCAUACCAGCCACCACUCCCACUACAUCGGUGACCACAACCACUUCAACGCCGACCACUACUACCCCUGCUACCACUCCCACCACUUCCUUGACCACCUCCACUUCAGUGCCAACAACCACCACACCAGCCACCACUUCCACAAUCUCUGUGACCACCACCACUUCCACACCAACCAAGACCACACCAGCCACCACUCCCACCACAUCAGUGUCCACCACCAAUUCCACACCAACCACGACCACAUCAGCCACCACUCCCACUACAUCAGUGUCCAACACCAAUUCCACACCAUCCACCACCAUACCAGCCACCACUCCCACUACAUCGGUGACCACUACCACUUCCACGCCGACCACCACCACCCCUGCUACCACUCCCACCACUUCCUUGACCACCUCCACUUCAAUGCCAACAACCACACCAGCCACCACUUCCACAAUCUCUGUGACCACCACCACUUCCACACCAACCACGACCACACCAGCCACCACUCCCACCACAUCAGUGUCCACCACCAAUUCCACACCAUCCACCACCAUACCAGCCACCACUCCCACUACAUCGGUGACCACUACCACUUCCACGCCGACCACCACCAGCCCUGCUACCACUCCCACCACUUCCUUGACCACCUCCACUUCAGUGCCAACAACCACCACACCAGCCACCACUUCCACAAUCUCUGUGACCACCACCACUUCCACAACAACCACGACCACAUCAGCCACCACUCCCACCACAUCAGUGUCCACCACCAAUUCCACACAAUCCACCACCAUACCAGGCACCACUCCCACUACAUCGGUGACCACUACCACUUCCACGCCGACCACUACUACCCCUGCUACCACUCCCACCACUUCCUUGACCACCUCCACUUCAGUGCCAACAACCACCACACCAGCCACCACUUCCACAAUCUCUGUGACCACCACCACUUCCACACCAACCACGACCACACCAGCCACCACUCCCACCACAUCAGUGUCCACCACCAAUUCCACACCAACCACGACCACAUCAGCCACCACUCCCACUACAUCAGUGUCCAACACCAAUUCCACACCAUCCACCACCAUACCAGCCACCACUCCCACUACAUCGGUGACCACUACCACUUCCACGCCGACCACCACCACCCCUGCUACCACUCCCACCACUUCCUUGACCACCUCCACUUCAAUGCCAACAACCACACCAGCCACCACUUCCACAAUCUCUGUGACCACCACCACUUCCACACCAACCACGACCACACCAGCCACCACUCCCACCACAUCAGUGUCCACCACCAAUUCCACACCAUCCACCACCAUACCAGCCACCACUCCCACUACAUCGGUGACCACUACCACUUCCACGCCGACCACCACCACCCCUGCU